UGACAGUUCUAAGAGAAACGAAGACUGGCAGUCCUUUCGAUCUGUUACUGACUGCAAUAAAUACAUGCUGACCAAUGAAAUUAAUUGUGACAUCACUUUCUUGGUUGGAAGAGAGCGGCAACGCAUGUCCGCCCACAAAUAUGUUCUUGCGAGUCGAAGCUCUGUGUUUUUUGCCAUGUUUUACGGUCCUGUAGCUGAAACAAAUAAUGAAAUUGAGAUUCCUGAUCUAGAGCCAAAAAUUUUUGCCUCUCUUCUGCGUUUUCUGUAUUAUGAAGAUUUUACCGUGCAAACGAACAAUGCUCCAGAUUUGCUCUACGCAGCAAACAAAUAUGGUCUGAUGAAAAUUGUGAAAAAAUGCAAAAAGAUUCUGGAAGAGACCAUGUCGGUAUCGAACGUCUGCAACAUCAUGGAAAGUGCUCAUACUUUCAACGACGCAGAACUUCUCCGAAAGUGUCGCGAAUUUUUCUACAGAGAGCCCGUGAAAUGCAUCCAUUCAGAAUCCUUUUUAGAUCUGUGCGCAGAAUGUGUAGAUAAUGUCAUUUCCUCUGACGAACUUACCGUAGAAGAGUACUUGAUUUUCGAGCGAGUUCUUGAGUGGGCAGAUGCUGAGUGUGUUCGAAAAGACAAAGAUUUAAAUGAUUCCAGUAGACGACAGGUCCUUGGUAAAAUUUUAAAUCACAUCAGAUUCCCUGUUAUGGAUUCAAAAUAUUUUGCAGAAAAAGUAGCUGGUCGCGAAAUAUUGUCGAAGUCAGAAAGACUUGCUAUUUUCACUUUCAUCUGCAGCGGUCAUAAAUCUCAGACUGAUUCGAAUUUCAAGUCAUCUAAACGGAGAGGAAGAUAUGUCAGAUCUAGUUCUACAAAGCAAAAUACCCAUAUUUCACAAAGUAACAGACAAAGAGUUGCGAUGCGAUUUGCGCGUGAAGGUCAUGUUUCCCUAAGGAACGAAAAUCUAUGGUAUGUCGGACAGAAAGCAGAUAAAAUUGACUUUUCAUCUUCCAAGACAAUAUAUAUUCAUGGAGUCGUGGUGUACGGAUGUGGGAUAGAGGGAACAGAGUACAACGUGAAUGCUUCCAUACUUAGAACUGGUUUACCGUUUCUUUCAAAUGAACUUUCCCAUGUGAGCACUACGAUUCCUGUGACUGUGCCAUAUAAAACCUUCAACAUAUUCUUCCCAGAGCCCGUGCACAUUGCGCCAAAUAUAAAGUACACGAUAGCAGUGACCAUGCAGGGUCCACGAAGCUACUGGGGAGAGGGAGGCGAAGAAUCCGUGACUAGUGACGGUGUUCAGUUCGACUUUUACAAAUCGUCAGGGGAGACAAAUGGAACGGAUGUGGAUCACGGACAAAUUCCUGGACUUAUAUUCAUUAAAUAAUAUCUGAAUUUGAGUCAGCUGACUCACGCAAAUGCUGUCUAUAAACAAUUUAUCUUCAA